GGGCUCCAUGAGUCAGCAGGGCUCGUGCGGCCGUUACCUGCCGGCCGGGGAAGCGCGGGUGGCAGCCGGGCUGGGGGCUGCCGCUCCCCGAGCAGGGGGAGGACAGCAGCUAGAGGGAGCUCCUCCGGGCCGCCUCUGCCUGUGCGCCCCGGUUCCUUUCAUAGGCUUCCAGUCCCUCCUCCCCGCCCUCCUUCCCCCGUGAUGGCGGAGGACAGCGAGUCUGCGGCCAGCCAGCAGAGCCUGGAGCUGGAUGACCAGGACACCUGCGGCAUCGACGGCGACAAUGAGGAGGAGACCGAGCACGCCAAGGGAAGUCCUGGAGGGGAUUUGGGAGCUAAAAAGAAGAAAAAGAAACAGAAGAGAAAAAAGGAGAAACCAAACUCCGGUGGCACCAAAUCAGAUUCUGCAUCUGACUCCCAGGAGAUUAAAAUUCAACAGCCUUCAAAAAAUCCAGCCAUUCCAAUGCAGAAGCUGCAAGACAUUCAGAGAGCUAUGGAGCUGCUCUCAGCAUGCCAGGGACCAGCAAAGAACAUUGAUGAAGCAACCAAACGUAAAUACCAGUUUUGGGAUACGCAACCUGUACCCAAACUUAAUGAAGUUAUAACUUCUCAUGGUGCAAUUGAACCAGAUAAGGACAAUGUCCGCCUAGAGCCAUACUCUUUGCCACAGGGUUUUAUGUGGGACACUUUGGACCUGAGCAACGCUGAAGUUCUAAAGGAACUGUACACAUUAUUAAAUGAGAAUUACGUAGAAGAUGAUGAUAACAUGUUUAGGUUUGACUACUCACCUGAGUUUCUUAUGUGGGCACUACGUCCUCCAGGCUGGCUACCCCAAUGGCACUGUGGAGUUAGAGUAUCGUCAAACAAAAAAUUGGUAGGGUUCAUAAGCGCCAUCCCUGCACACAUUCGGAUUUAUGACAGUGUGAAGAAAAUGGUAGAAAUCAAUUUUCUUUGUGUCCACAAGAAAUUGAGAUCUAAACGAGUAGCACCUGUACUGAUUCGGGAAAUAACCAGAAGAGUAAACCUGGAAGGGAUUUUUCAGGCAGUUUACACUGCAGGAGUGGUACUCCCCAAGCCUGUGGCCACAUGCAGGUACUGGCAUCGAUCACUGAACCCCAGAAAAUUGGUAGAGGUGAAAUUUUCACAUUUGAGUAGAAAUAUGACUUUACAAAGAACAAUGAAGCUCUACAGACUUCCCGAUGCCACAAAGACUUCAGGUUUGAGACCAAUGGAACAAAAAGACAUUAAAGCAGUGCAAGAACUGAUCAACAGUUACUUGAAGCAAUUUAAUCUUGCUCCUGUAAUGGAUGAAGAAGAGGUAGCCCACUGGUUCCUGCCUCAGGAUCAUAUUAUUGACACCUUUGUAGUUGAGAGUUCAAAUGGUAUUUUAACUGAUUUCCUGAGUUUCUACACGUUACCUUCAACAGUUAUGCACCACCCUGUUCAUAAAAGCCUCAAAGCUGCCUAUUCCUUCUACAAUAUUCAUACAGAGACUCCUCUCUUGGAUCUAAUGAAUGAUGCACUCAUUAUAGCUAAAUUGAAAGGAUUUGAUGUGUUCAAUGCACUAGACUUGAUGGAAAACAAAACAUUCCUGGAAAAACUCAAGUUUGGGAUAGGAGAUGGGAACUUGCAGUAUUAUUUGUACAACUGGCGGUGUCCUGGCAUGGAAUCAGAAAAGGUUGGCCUUGUAUUACAAUAAGGAGGACCCUUGUGUUUCUAGAACUCUGAAGUUGUCAUUUGGAUUGAUUUAAUCUACAUAACAGUUCUCGGAACAGUACUGUUCAAGAGGAAUAAAAGCACAACAUCAGUGAAAUUGAAAUAAUCCAUCAAAUCUAAAAUAAUGAAGAAAUCCAUAUCUGACCAAUUUUACACAUUUUCAGAUAGAAUGGAAAGUUCAUGAAACUUUUAUUGUCCAUAAAAAAGAAUAAAAGCACAUUCAUUUAAUUUUCAAAGCUUAGCUCGCACCUUGAUAAAAAGAAGGUAUUUUUUUCCACUCUGUAGAAAAGACUGUUUUGUACAAACUGAACUGCAGUGGUGGAUUAGGGUACAAAAAUCUUUGCUAUUAUGUGAAUGAACUGCUGCAUUUCUAUUUAUUAAGUGGUGGUGUAUGUUUGUCAGUGUAACAGAAUGAAGGAUCAAAACUGAGUAUCUUUGCUUAUAAAAUUCACAUGGAUGUCAUCAUUUGGGGUAAAAUAAUGGAGUUAUGAAAUAUUUGUAGCUAAUAUGAAAGUCUUGGAUGUUUUUGUAACUGGAGCAGUAUGAAAAUGUGCUGGUUUGACUAGUGCAUUUGUUUCUCCAUAAGCAACGCUGCCAAAUCAAUAAAAAUACAGAUUUGUACUUUGA